GGUGAGGUGAGGAGACGGGCGGAUGGGAGCGACAGGCGAGCAGUUGGGUGGGACAAAGGGAGAAAGGGGCGAGGAACUUGGGCACCUCCCGAGCUCUGCAUCAGGCGACGACGAGAGAGAGAGGAGAGAGCCGAGAGAGAGAGAGAGAGGUAAACUAAAAACCCUGCCAUCAGAGAGAGAGAGAGAGAGAGAGAGAUUGCGGCCAUGCUGAAGUUGUACUUUUAAAAUUGUUGUGUUUGUGCCCGCCUCCCCCAUAUCUAUACCCGUAUUUGUGCGACUUGGGAGAUGCGGAACAAUGAGAGAGAGAUCUUCUAUUCAACGUUUCAAACCCAACAAGGAGUUCGGAAACAAACCAGCUUACAAAGCAAACCCAAAUCCUGGUUUAAAACUCUAUUCCGAUUGAAAGUCUCCAUCCAAUACAUGACAUGGAGAAAGCAUUGGAGAUCCGCCGCCGACAGAUCAAAUGAAAUUCCCAGCUCCAAAUCGCCGACCAUCAAGAGACUUUUGCCUGUAAAUGAUACCAAUGCUGGUAAUUUCAUAAGUUUGGAUCCGGCAAUCUUCGGAAGAGGGCUCAGUCACGCCUCUUCCCCCCGAGAUGGUAACAUGGCUUCGCGGUUGUGCGGUGGCCUGACGGCUGGUUCCGAGAUUUCAGAGCACCAGCCAUGCAUUUCCAAGCAUCCUAUCUCGAUAAAACGGCUUUGCCUCUCCCUCCUCCAAGUGUGUGCUUCCAUGAAGCAGCUCAAGCAGAUCCAGGCCCACGUCGUAGUCUGCGGGCUGCUCCAUGACCAACAGGGCUUCGUUCUCCAAGAGUUGGUGAGGCUCUGCUCACUGUCACCUUUUGGUGACCUCUCCCAUUCUCUUCUUCUUCUCAAUCAGACGAAGAAUCCUAGAUCUUCUUCGUGGAAUUGCGUUAUCAGAGGCUUCUCUGGGAGUAACACCCCGAUUCAGUCCAUCCUAGCCUACUCGCGAAUGCUACGGCUCUCUCGAAAACCGAACAACCUGACGUUCCCUUUCCUUUUCAAAGCGUGUACAAAUCUUCGUGCUGUAGAAGGUGGUCAGCAGAUUCACGCCCAGUUGGCAAAGACUCUGUACGCCACCGACAUCUACAGUCAGAAUUCUUUGAUACACUUCUACUCAUCCUGUGGUGAGAUGGACGAUGCGGCUCAGGUGUUUGAUAAUAUGCCAUCGAGAACUGUAGUUUCCUGGAAUUCCAUGAUUCAUGGCUUCAUAAGGAAUGGGUAUUUUGAUGAGGGCGUCCAUUUUUUUGCCCGAAUGAGAUUUUCUGACGUUGAAGCUGAUGAGGUGACCAUAGUCAGCUUGCUUUCUGCUGCUGCAAAGUUGGGAAACGUUAGUUUGGGGAAGCUGGUUCAUUGCUACAUUGAAAGACGGCUUGCUAUGAAUGUUCAUCUUGGUACUUCACUAGUUGACAUGUACGCUAAAUGUGGCGCCGUGAAUGUUGCGAAGAAACUGUUCGAUAGGAUUAGCGAAAAAAACGUGUGGACUUGGAGCGCAAUGAUUCUGGGCUUGGCAGUGAACAGCCUCACCGAGGAUGCUCUCCAGCUCUUCCAUGAAAUGAAACUGGUUCCUGUUGGACCAAAUUAUGUGACGUUUCUUGGUCUUUUAUGCGCAUGCAGCCACUCUGGCUUAGUAAAAGAAGGAUGUGAGUACUUUGAUUUGAUGAGAAAUGAAUACGGAAUUGAACCUACGAUGAUACACUACAGUGCCAUGGUCGAUUUGUUCGGCCGAUGUGGCCAGCUGGACGAUGCAUACAACUUUAUUAGAAACAUGCCUGUGGAGCCAGACGCAGUUAUUUGGAGAACUCUACUCGGUGCUUGCUGUAUUCAUGGAAAUGUCAGAAUUGGCGAGAAAGUUUCAAAAGAGCUGCUAGAGAUAGAGCCUGAUAGAUGCGGAAACUAUGUUAUCUCCUCUAAUAUGUAUGCUGAGGCUGGCCUAUGGGAGGAAGUGGCAGAUAUUCGAAAGGCAAUGAGAAGUGGAAGAUUUAAGAAGAUGAUAGGUGCAAGUACAGUUGAACUUGAAGGGACGGUUCACACAUUCAUGUCAGGCGACAAUUCCCACCCAAGCUGUAAACAAAUUCAGGAAAUGCUCUAUAUAGUAAGAUGCAAUUUGAAAGAUGAAAUUUGAGGACAAAUGCUCCUCGUUUCUCAUCAUCUGUCCAGCAUUAGCUUCUAAGAGGACUAGACAUGAUACGACUUAUUGAAAUCAACAGAAAAAGCAAAUAAUGGAUGAACCGAAUAGCACUGAUCAGUUAAAAAUUUCAGACUCGAGGCAGAGGGUAAGAGAAGAAGAACCUCUGUGCUGAACCCUAGAUAAUGGGACCUGUACAGUAACGUCCGAAUUCCAAAGGAUGGAGAGAACAUUUUAAUUAUGAAAGCAUGGUUUCCUAGAACUGCAAGAAAAUCCUAGCAACAUUAGUAUUCGAACGACCUAGGGGAUUCCAUCAAUCCUUAUCCCAUCUUUAGCUUGGUUCCCACUUGGCUUGUUCGUCAAGGUGCUAAGCUAAGAAAAUACAGAGUCUGAUUUUCAGCAAUUUGGCAGACAACUAAAGUGCAUGUUGACAUCAACACUCAGCUCAGAUUACUUGUUCAGUUGGAAAAAAAGAGGACAUGACCCUUCUCUUAUUGCACUCGAUUUUGGAAUUUUUCCUUGAUAAAGCGGCUCAUUUGCAGAAACAAAGCCCUGAAUCAGGUCAGGCGCACAUUGGGAGCUUAGAAUGUGCACGUUUUUCUAAAGCUUGCAUUUCUGGGAAGCUUUAAUAUAUGAUUGAAUGUGGUUGAAAUUGCUGUUCAAAAAUAGGUACGGCUGCCUUUGUUCCUUAUCAGGUAAUUAUUUCUCCUUCUAGAAUCAAUGUCUCGUGUAUAUCUGCACCUCAAUCCAUAUUUGCUGCUCUUUUUCCUUA